AUGCAGCUCCUAUCUUUCACGUCAAUUGUCCUGGCAUCUUGGGCUUUCCAGAAAACGGCCGCUCUCCCCGAAAUUCAAAAGAACAACAACAUCAUUGCCGUCGCCCAGAUUGUGCAGCAGAAGCACCCUGAGGCAUAUGCUGCGUUCCAGAACUCGUCUCUCAUCAUCCUCGGGGCGACCACUCAGAAGCGACAAGAGGUCCCCGGAGAUGGAAACCCUGACCCUAACCGGCCACCGGUGAUUCCCGACAACAUCUUCCUCCUUCAAUGCUCCGAGGCCGGAUUCCUUGGUGAAUGUCUCUCGUGGGGCGCCCCGCCUGGUCGAUGUGUCAACUACUCGAGCUUCAACAAGACUCGGGCUUUCUUGGAUAAGUACGAAAACCAAACUACUUCAUUGAGCUCAAACAACGGUGGUCUUUGCCAGUUCUACAAGUUCAUCAACUGCAACAACAAGGGAGAUGACCGCGGCGUGUCUAUGGGCUACAAUUACAACCUCGCCGUAGCUGAUAAUGGUUACUCCGGUGACUAUGACAAGCAGAUUAGCUCUUGUAAGUGCUCCUAA